GAGGGCUUUAACUAAUGCCAAAUGGCCCCUAGCCAAGAACUUGACUUUGGCGUCCCAUCAAACAGUUGCGGUCAAACUCUCUGCCUCCUAUUUUCUCUCUAACCUAAAACCCCCACAUCUCUAAACCCAUUCCUCAAUUUCUCUAUCGGUGCAUCCAUGGAUUCUUCAGAAACUCCAGUCGUCAUGUACUUCUUCCCAUUUGUGGGCGGAGGCCACCAGAUUCCUAUGAUCGACAUGGCCAGAGUCUUCUCCUCCCAUGGCGCCAAAGUCACAAUCCUGAGCACCACUCCAGCCAACGCCCUCCGCUUCCGAAACUCCAUCCGCCGCGAUCAAACCCUCAACCGCUCAAUCACCAUCCACGUCCUCAAGCUCCCAGACGACGACGCCUCGGCCGACUCCUCCAUGACCUCAGCCCCCCUCACUGACACCUCAGUCCUCCAAGAAUCCCUCAGGCAAUUCAUCGCCCAAAACCUACCCAAUUGCAUCGUAAUCGACGUCUUCCACCGUUGGGCGGCAGAAGUCAUCGAUGAGCUUUUCAUCAAAAGGGUGGUGUUCAAUGGAAACGGGUUAUUCUCCCGCUGCGUCAGUGAGUGUAUUGGCCGAUUCGCGCCGCAUCAGAAUGUGGGUGCUGAUUGCGAGCCAUUUCUAGUGCCGAACUUGCCCGAUCGGAUCGAAUUGACGAAAUCUCAGCUGCCUUCUUUCGCGAGAAACAGGCCAGGGCUCCCUGAUAAGGUGGGAAAAGUAGAGGAGAAGAGUUUUGGGGUUGUGGUGAACAGUUUUUACGAAUUGGAGUCGAAAUAUGUGGAGUAUUUCACGACUGAGUUGGGGAAGAAGGCAUGGCCAAUCGGCCCGGUUUCGCUCUACAACCGAAGCAACGCCGAUAAGACUAACAGAGGCCAAGCAGCCUUGGUCGAUGAGCAGAGCCUCCUGCAUUGUCUGAAUUGGUUGGAUUCCAAGGAACCUGAUUCGGUUGUUUAUAUCAGUUUUGGGAGCUUGGCUCGGUUGUCUGCAGCCCAACUCGUCGAAAUCGCACAUGGGAUUGAAUCUUCGGGGCAUAAUUUCAUUUGGGUAAUGGGAAAAAUGUUCAGAGCGGUGGAGGACGGUGGUUGUGUUAGAGACAAAGAGGAUUGGAUUCCGGCGGGAUUUGCAGAGAGAAUGUGGGAAAUGAAGAGAGGGGUUGUGAUAGGGGGUUGGGCCCCGCAGAUGCUGAUACUGGAGCACUGCGCUGUUGGCGGGUUUGUGAGCCACUGCGGGUGGAACUCGACAUUGGAGAGCGUGAGCGCAGGGGUGCCCAUGGUGACUUGGCCAUUGUCGGCGGAGCAGUUUUACAAUGAGAAGCUGAUAACUGAUGUGUUGGGCAUUGGGGUGCAAGUGGGGAGUAGGGAAUGGGAGUCGUGGAAUGUGGAGAGGAAGGAACUGGUGAGGAGAGAGAAGGUGGAUGCGGCGGUGAGAAGGAUGAUGGGCGGCAGUGAUGAGGCGGCGGAAAUGAAGAAGAGAGCGAAAGUGCUUUCAGAGAAGGCGAAGAGAGCUGUGGAAGAAGGUGGGUCUUCAUAUGUAGGGGUGGAUGCUCUGAUUUUAGAGAUCAGAUUAUCGAGGAAGAAUUAGACACAAAGUUUUUUCCAUGCAAAUUACAAAAGAAAUGUCCUGGCACACGUAAAAAUUUCUCGUCAUACAUAAAUAAAGUGAUUACAAAACAAA